GCUUCGAUGAGGAAGCCCCGGCGCCUUUCGCCCUGGCGGAAGUGGCCCAGAGGGAGCCGCCUUGGAGCCUGCUGCUGCUGCUGCCGCGGCAAUGCUGCCGCCCCCGGGGGGCGAGUCUCCGCACCAGCUGCUGGGCCGGCUGCGCUUCCUGAGCGAGGCGGUGGAGUGCCUUCGCCGGGCGGAGCCGCUCCCGGCCGCGCUGUGCUUCGUGCCCCGGGAGGUGCAGUACAAGCUCUGCAAGGACGCCAGCGGGCCGGGCCUGUCCGCGGCGCUGAGCCGGAGUCUGCUCUCCGUCUGGGAGAGCCCCGGCGGCGGCAAGAAUGGCGGAAAGGCCGGCGGCAAGGCCGGGAAGGCGCGGGGCGCCGUGGAGCUGCGUAAGGGCUCCUGCCUCCGGGCCAGCGGCGAAGAGCACUGCAACGGGCAGGGCCUGUGGGUGAAGCUCACCAGGGAGCAGCUUGAGGAAUAUAAAACUGGCUGUGACCUGGAGGAAGGCUGGAUCCUCAUGUGCAAACAUGCCGAUGGUGGAGAUAGACUGGUGCCAGUAGAAUCUACAGAGAGAAUUCAGCGACAGCAGCAGCUUUUUGGAAUAGACUAUAAACCCGUGAUCAGAUGGGAGCAAGUGGUGGAUGUAACGUAUUCCCUUCGUCUUGGGGCAAAGCCAAAAAUCAUGGACCCAGAUGCAGCUGCUGUAGAGAGACUCCGGUUUGUUCCCCCCACAUGGAGCUAUGAGUGUGAUGAAGACCUGGUGCAUUUCCUUCAUGACCACAUUGGAAAGGAGGAUGAGAAUCUGGGCAGCGUCAAGCAAUAUGUGGACAGUAUUGAUGUCUCCUCCUACACGGAAGAAUUCAAUGUUUCUUGCCUGACGGACAAUCAUGCUGACACGUACUGGGAGAGUGAUGGGUCUCAAGGACAGCACUGGGUUCGUCUCAACAUGAAAAAAGGGACCAUUAUUAAGAAACUCUUCCUCUCAGUGGACACAACGGAUGAGAAUUUCAUGCCCAAGAGAGUGGCUGUGUAUGGGGGCGAGGGUGACAAUCUGAAGAAACUGAGUGACGUGGGCAUUGAUGAGAGCUACAUCGGGGAUGUGUGUGUGCUUGAAGACAUGACUUCUCACUUGCCUGUCAUUGAAAUCCGCAUUGUGGAAUGCAGAGAUGAUGGAAUUGAUGUCCGGCUCCGGGGUAUCAAGAUCAAGUCAUCCCGGCAACGUGAAUUGGGGCUGAAUGCAGAUAUGUUUCAGCCAGCCAACCUAGUGAGGUACCCUCGCCUGGAGGGGAGAGACCCUGAUGUGCUCUACCGGCGUGCUGUGGUGAUCCAGAGGUUUAUCAAGAUUUUAGAUAGUGUUCUGCACCACCUUGUCCCUGCCUGGGACUACACACUUGGCACCUUCAAUCAGCUCAAGCACAUCAAGCAGUUCCUGUUGUUGUCCAAGCAGCGCACAAUGCUAAUCACUCAGUGCCUCAAGGACUCUGAGACUAGCAAGCCCAACUUCAUGCCACGGCUGUACAUCAACCGACGGUUGGCCAUGGAGCAUCGUGACAAUCCGGCACUGGACCCCAGUUGCAAAAACACUGUGUUUGCCCAGGUGUAUGAGGGCCUGAAACCUUCAGACAAGUAUGAGAAACCACUGGAUUAUCGGUGGCCACUGCGUUAUGACCAGUGGUGGGAGUGCAAAUUCAUUGCUGAGGGUAUCAUCGAUCAGGGUGGUGGUUUCCGGGAUAGCAUUGCAGACAUGUCUGAGGAGUUGUGCCCUAGUUCAGCUGAGACCCCUGUGCCACUGCCCUUCUUUGUUCGCACAUCCAACCAGGGCAGUGGUACUGGAGAGGCCCGCGAUAUGUAUGUCCCCAACCCCUCCUGCAAGGAGUUCACCAAAUAUGAGUGGAUUGGACAAAUCAUGGGUGCAGCUCUACGUGGCAAGGAGUUCUUGGUCCUGGCCUUGCCUGGCUUUGUCUGGAAGCAACUGACAGGGGAGGAAGUGAGCUGGAGUAAAGAUUUCCCUGCUAUUGACUCUAUGUUGGUGAAGCUUUUGGAGAUGAUGGAAGUAAUGGACAAGGAGACAUUUGAGUUCAAGUUUGGGAAUGAGUUGACCUAUACCACAGUGCUGAGCGACCAGCGCAUGGUUGAGCUGAUUCCUAAUGGCACUCGGACGGUGGUACACUAUGAAGACCGCAUGGAUUUCAUCCGCCUGGUCCAGAAGGCACGGUUGAAUGAGAGCAAAGAGCAGAUUGCAGCCAUGCAAGCUGGACUUCUCAAAGUGGUACCUCAAGCUGUUUUGGAUCUACUCACAUGGCAGGAACUGGAGAAGAAGGUCUGUGGUGAUCCAGAGGUUACAGUUGAGGCCUUGAAGAAGCUCACUCGCUUUGAGGAUUUUGAACCACCAGACACCAGAAUCCAAUAUUUCUGGGAGGCCUUAAACAACUUUACUAAUGAGGAUCGCAGCCGCUUCCUGAGAUUUGUUACUGGAAGAAGUCGGCUUCCUGCUCGAAUUUAUAUCUAUCCUGACAAAUUAGGCUCUGAGACCACCGAUGCCCUUCCUGAAUCAUCUACCUGCUCCAGCACACUCUUUUUGCCCAACUAUGCUUCUGCCAAGGUCUGUGAAGAGAAGUUGCGCUACGCAGCAUAUAAUUGUGUGGCCAUUGACACAGAUAUGAGUCCAUGGGAAGAGUAACAGCAAAUGGGAGAAUUUCCAUCCCAUUCUUCCGCCUUUUGUCGUUGCCACAUGUAGGAAUCUCUCACUGAUGGUUUACCAUGCCCCAAACUCCAGAAAACAGGCAUGGGAUUGACCUAGAUGGCCCAUGUAAUCUCUUCCAGCUCUUUGAUUCUAUGUGUAUAUGUAUAAUAAAUUACCAAAAGUGAAGCCUGCAUGGUACUGAUGAGCAUAUGGGCGUGUCUGGGAUUUCCCAAUGGCAGAUCCAGCAAAUAGAAUGAUAAAAAUACUUUUUUUCUGACAGAUUAGGUAAUUAGAUAUAUGACUUCAGAUUUCAAUAAUUGUAGCUUAAUUUUACUUUGAAAAAAAUACUCUUAACAAUAGAUGGAGAUUAGGUAGGUAAAGGUUUUCCCCUGACAUUAAGUCUAAUUGUGUUGGACUCUGGGGGUUGGUGCUCAUCUCCAUUUCUAAGCCAAAGAGCCGGCGUUAUCUCUAGAUGCCUCCAAGGUCAUGUGGCCGGCAUGGCUGCAUGGAGCGCCGUUACCUUCCCACAGGAACUGUACCUAUUGAUCUACUUACAUGUGCAUGUUUUCAAACUGCUAGGUUUGUAGAAGCUGGGGCUAACAGCGGGAACUCACCCUGCUCCCCGGAUUCAAACUGCCAACUUUUUGUCAGCAAGUUCAGCAGCUCAGCGGUUUAACCCACUGCACCACUAGGGACUCCACAUGGAGGUUACUAGUACAGUAGAGUCUCACUUAUCCAACAUAAACGGGCUGGCAGAAUGUUGGAUAAGCGAAUAUGUUGGAUAAUAAGGAGGGAUUAAGGAAAAGCCUAUUAAACAUCAAAUUAGGUUAUGAUUUUACAAAUUAAGCACCAAAACAUCAUGUUAUACAACAAAUUUGACAGAAAAUGUAGUUCAAUACGCAGUAAUGUUAUGUUGCAAUUACGGUAUUUACGACUUUAGCACCAAAAUAUCACAAUAUAUUGAAAACAUUGACUACAAAAAUGCGUUGGAUAAUCCAGAAUGUUGGAUAAGUGAGUGUUGGAUAAGUGAGACUACUGUAGUUAUAUUUUGACUUAUGUAUUUUUAUUGAUGUUCAAUUUGAACCUGUUUUCCUUUUCACUUCUCUUCUGCUUUUCAAGGUACAAUACAAAUACUUGGCAUUCUAAUUGUACUUAGGUGGAAGCACAUAAAUUUAAGUAAAGAUUUCUCCAGAGGAACCUCGGAGAGCUGCAAGCAGACAAAUCACAACCCUUCCUCUCAGUGCCAGCAUUCUUCAUGCCUUCAUUCUGGGGUUGCUGUCCCAAGAUUCACUUAACCAAAAAAAGAUAAUACUUCUUCAUCUCUGUAUUUCCGUGCAGAAUUGGAGAGCAAAGUAUCCAAUAAUAAUAAUAAUAAUAAUAAUAAUAAUAAUAAUAAUAAUAAUAAUAAUAAUAAUUUGACAAAAUCACGAUCUGUCAAGUGGAAAAGGCCACCUUACUUGGAUCUGCGUGCAUCAUUCGAAAAUACAUCACACAGUCCUAAAUGCUUGGGAAGUGUUCGACUUGUGAUUUUGUGAUACGAAAUCCAGCAUAUGCAUCUCAUUUGGGGUGUCAUACUGUGUAUUUGUGUCAUAAUAAUAAUAAUAAUAAUAAUAAUAAUAAUAAUAAUAAUUCUUUAUUUGUAUCCCGCUUUUCUCCCUAAACGGGACCCAAAGUGGCUCACAACAUUUAAAAAAUAAUAAAAUCAACCAUAUAUGUAAAAACCUAUAAAGCCGACUUUACAAUAAAACAAAAACAUUUUUAAAUCA